UAUACGACCUUGUCUAUGGUAUACGACAUAGAUGACAUAGAUGAAUAAUCUUUAUCUAUGAAAUAAUCUUUCAUUUAUUUAAGGUUAACUGCAGGAAUGGCGGAAACAGCUAAGCCUCAGCAAAAGGCGAAAGCCGAGAAGAAAGAGAAAGCUAAGCCUGCUCCAUCAGAAAAACCACCUUUGAAGAAAAGGCCAUUUAAAAGACAUGGACGUUUGUAUGCAAAAGCGAUUUUUACAGGUUAUAAAAGAGGUCUCCGUAACCAACAUGAAAAUACAGCACUAUUGAAAAUCGAAGGUGCGGAAUCGAAAACAGAUAGUUGGUUCUAUAUAGGCAAAAAGUGUGUAUAUGUUUAUAAAGCAAAGAACAAGACCUGUAUUCCUGGAAAGCCUAAAAACAAAAAGUCGAAAGUAAGAGCUAUUUGGGGUAAAGUGACAAGACCACAUGGUUGUACUGGUGCUGUUCGAGCAAAAUUUAAGAGAAAUUUACCCGCUAAAGCAAUGGGCCACCGUAUUAGAAUUAUGAUGUACCCAUCCAAAAUAUAAUAGUUUUUGUUAUAAUAAAUAAUAAAAUAAG